AUGCCUCGCAAGACUCUGGGAACCCCGGAGAAACACCGCGUUUCUUCAGAAAGUCCUCGCAGUCCUUCCUUCAUGCGCAGUCUACGGAAUGCCGGCUCUCCGUCAACAUCGCCGUCAAGAAACGCUACUCGUAGUCCACGACCGGGUAGCUUGGCUCAAGCCAUAGCUCCGCCGGCGCGAGCAUCACUGUCUCCUUGUCCUUCUCCCGAUGCCCUCGGUAGUAACACAAGCACGCCGCGCGGGACUAGAUUCAUGGUUACGGAGGGAGGUACCACUACGGAUACAAACACAACUACAGCUACAACAGACCCCUCCAGCUCCAGUUCAAGCAUGAGAACCUCGCCCUCGCCUAUACCCGCACCAAGAUCAACAACACCUACACCCACAACAACCGAAGACCUCCUCAAGCAAAAAGACGACCGCAUAGCCCACCUCGAGCUCUCGUACCAACGGACCCUCGACGCUCUCACCAACGCCUCCUCCUCACUCUCCUCCUUCUCCUCGCUGACAUCCACCACCGCCCACGAGCUACGCCUUCUACGGCUGGAAGCCGACGCCCUCCGCGCCGAGCGCGACGAGCUCCGCUCUGACUGGAACGCCGCUCAGCAGAGCUUACGCGAGCGUGAGAACGAGAUCCGCGACCUGCGACGGCAGAUGCGCGGGCUGAAGGAGUGGGUGAGCAAUAGCACGCGGGCGGAAGCGACAGGGGCGGCGCAGCAGGUUAGUGAUGAGGUGCUUGGGGCCGCCAUGGCGAAGCUUGGAAAUGAGUUGCAAAAUUGGGUCUUGGUGAAUUUCAGGAGGGCCAAGGUCAAGACUGAAGGGUUGGAAGGGGGGCGGAUGGAGGAGUUGGAGAAGGUGGUGCCCAUGUUUGAGGAGAUAUUAGGGAUGGGUGGCAAGAUACACUUGAUACAGAGUGUGGUGUCGAGGUUGUUGGUAGAGAUGGUAUUUCGGGCUUAUUUUGUUGGGUUGACCGGAGAGCAGGAGCGAGUGGUUAGGGAGGCAGAGGGGAUGCUUGGGGCUAUCGUGUCAACACCCGAGUCUAUCAACCAGUGGCGCGCCUUGACUCUUUCCACCCUGAAACGGGAAGCCGACCAGAAGCUACAAGCCGAGACAGCCGCCAUUAUCGACGCCUUCGUCAACAAAACCAAUAAUCUACUAGAUGACAUCACGCAAGUCGAUACCAAAGCUAUUGAGGCACGGAAUCAGGGGCUGAGACAUCUUGUCAACGGUGCGAUCGACAUGUCACGGCUUCUCGUCGUCCAGAAAGCCAUAUUCAAGGUCAACAUGCCUGAAAUCCUGCCACAUCAACGAGUGCUUUUCGAUGCAGCCACGAUGGAAGACAUCGGUGGCGAAGACGAGGAGAGCUUGUCGGAUAGGGAAAUUUGCUGCGUCACGUUUCCAGGAAUCAUCAAACAGGGCGACGAAAGCGGUGGGCAGCUCCAAUGGACCAAUGUCAUCGCCAAAGCCAGGGUGCUUUGCAGUCCGGAAGAGUGA